UGAGAAUUCCUGGUUUAUUUACUUUCUGGUUAUAUUUUGUGUAAAAAUGGAUAAAUCUAUUAGAACUUUGAUGAAAAUGUCUGUCGCACUACAUAAUUUGAAAGUAUUAUGCAGGUGUUCUUCUAUCAAUUUGUUUCAAAAGUCGCUCUGCCAUACUCUAAAAAAAGAAACGUUGCCACCAUCAAUUUACAAGGAUUUAGGUGACGAACCCUCAGAAAUCUUCGCAUACUUGGAAAAGAACCAAGAUUUUUUAAGUGGCCAACAUUGCGUCGAAGCUCUUCAAAAACUGAGGAAAUCGUCCGUUCAAGUUGAUGCUAAAAAUGAAAAAGGCAUCGCACAACUUUGCAAUGAACUGAAAAAACGAAUCCGAACUUUGGACGUUUCUGAAACCGUUGUGGCUUUAGGAGUUUUAUCAAAACUAAAAAUUCCAACGCAGACUGUUAUUUUCGAAUCGCUGUUACAAAUAAUUCGCAGCAACAUUAAUUCACUGACAAUCGACGACGUGAUUAGUCUACAAAUCGAUUUAAGAAAUGCCGAAAAAACCCCUUUGGUCGAAGCAAUCCAGAUCGCUCUGCCCACAAUUUUUGAAAUUCAACUCCGAAGGAUAGACAGAAGCAAUAUUAAUUUGCUGGCUAUGUGUCUCGUAUUCGCGACAAAGUUGGAAAAUAAAAAUGAGGAGUCGAUCCGUUUCAUUCUGGACACGAUUUGGAAAUAUGAGGGUGAAAUUCCAGUUACAGGAUCGAAAUAUAUAUUUAAUUCACUGCGAUUUGUCCCGGAGAUUGCGAUUGAAUAUAAAAAGUUGAUCUAUCGGGUUCAGAAUGUCCUUUUAAAUCAGGUUUCUUCACUUAAUUAUACGGAUGCAAUGACGAUUUUGAGAUCAAUUGCUGCCACGGGAACAAAGCCAUUUUAUAACGAGCACCUGGUCGACGCUCUCGUGAAUUCAGUAAUAAUAGAAGAAGGCCUGAGUUUCGAAAAAGGAGCCGAAACGCUGAGAAAAUUAGUAAGAAUCGGUCACGAUCAGGCUCCACUCCUAGAUUAUCUUGCAACGAAAUGUUUCGAGCAACAAGAUUUAAUCAUAAAUGCAGAUCCAAAACAUUUAACUCCCUUCGUCUCGGCCAUGGCGAUGAGUGACUACAAACCCGUAUUUUGGGACACAAUUCGGGAGCUAAUCAUGGCCAACAAUUUCGUUCCAACUUUCGAAAAACUCACAGAAUUGGUCCACAAUCUGACAAUCCUCGACUGUUACUCUGCAAAAUUAAUAGGUAGAGUUUUCGCACAAAAUACCGAGACUGAGUUUAUGACUCCUGACACGAAGAGCCGUAUUGUCAAGCUUUAUCAAAUUGUCAAGACUAUUCAUUUAGGAUAUGAAGGACCUUGUCCCUUGGAAAAGAAGCCCGACGAUUUCUUUGACUGGAAUCAAUAUAAUUCGAGGACUUUUCCGCUUUUGCCUGCACUCAAUAUCGCAGUGGGCGGUUCUCAAUUUGUGAAGACGAAAGUGGGAACGAAAUUCGGACAUUUUAUUGAUCACGUUGUAGUUUUCAAAAUACAAGAUGGUUCGCCUGUAGCUAUAAAUCAGGAAAGUAAGGAAAGCGAUAAUUUUUUGGAUAAUUCUCAAAAAGAAAAUCAACUUCCUAAAAAUACUCAAGAUGAAGAAUGGAUGGAGAAUGCUGAAAAUGCAGAAAAUUACAAUGUACCUUUAAACAAGACUGAAGAUUAUUCGAAGAAAUCAAUUGAUUUUCUAGAAGAUAUUUCCAUAUCUGAAGAAUGUCAAGCGAUAUUAUUCUUGGAUAUACCGCGAGAAGGUUACACAAUCAACACAAUGCAGUUAAAAGGAGAAUGGAACUUUUACAUCCGAAGUUUAGAAGCCAUGAAAUAUGUGGUGAUUCCGUUGUGUUCCACAAAGUGGCUACAACUACCUGAUAAAGAAAAACUCCCCUUCAUAAUGCACGCGAUUAGACUAAAACGUGCCAUUACCAACUCUCAACAGUGAACUAAUACAAAAUCCAGAAUCCCUUUGUAAAAAAGCAGGUACUUCCUCUUUUUCACACUCUACAGGAAUUCGUGAUUGCUUUGUACUUACAAUUUAAUUUUUGAUACAAUUGUACAUACUGAUAAAAUUUCAAGAAAUCAAGUUUUUAGUUAAGUGAAACUCCAGUGAAAUUAAUACUUAAUGACAUGCAUCGUUUACUAACAAUUGUUGGAAUUUCAGAAAUGAAGCAUAUAUAUAUUUUUUCUCUUU